AGAUUAAAAUCAUUCACAGCCACAAAUGUUUCAGAACUUCGACAUGUAUAUGAAAAGAGAGCUAUCUUGCAGCUCUUGCUUCUGCUUCACAUCACAACUAUUCAGUGAAAACGUGUAGAGAGAGAGCACUGUGUUUUCUGUUUUCUGGAGGAUCGAUCAGAAGCAAAAAUGGCGGAACCAAAGCUGAGCAGCAUAAAGGACAAUAGGUGGUCACUCCAUGGCAAGACAGCACUUGUGACAGGAGGCACCCGAGGCAUUGGACAUGCCAUCGUAGAGGAACUGGCAGAAUUUGGUGCAGCUAUUCAUAUAUGUUCACGAAAGCAAGAUGAUAUUGAUAAGUGUUUGGAAGAGUGGAAGAAGAAGGGAUUCAACGUCUCUGGUUCAGUCUGUGAUGUCAAACAUAGCCACCAACGACAGAAGCUUAUGGAAACUGUUUCCUCAAUCUUCCACGGAAAGCUUAACAUUAUGGUGAACAAUGCAGCGAUAGAAAUAACAAAGGACAUAUCAGAUCACACUGCUGAAGAUGUAUCAACUAUAAUGGCUAUAAAUUUUGAGUCUGUGUUUCAUUUGACUCAACUUGCACACCCACUUCUUAAACAAUCUGGAUAUGGGAGCAUAGUAUUUAUUUCAUCCAUUGCUGGUGCAAAAGCUAUUGCAUCUUUAUCCGCUUAUUCAGCCGCUAAAGGAGCUAUGGAUAUAUUCACCAAGAACGUAGUAUUGGAGUGGGCAAAGGAUAACAUUCGUACAAAUGCUGUAGCACCUGGACCAAUUUGGACUUCAAUCCUUGAAUCUUUCAGGGAAAAAAUUGGACCGAAAGAGAUUGAUGCUUUUGUUACAUCUACGAUAUUUUCGGGUCGUGUAGGAGAAACCAACGAAGUAUCACCACUCGUUGCUUUUCUUUGUCUUCCGGCUGCAUCAUACAUCACUGGACAAAUUUUCUAUGUUGAUGGCGGUUUCACAUCUUAAAUUUCAAUUAGUGACUUUACAAUUAAUUAAGAGUCACUUCGUUCGAUUAAUUCUAGUGUUCAAUUUGUAUUUCCAUGUUUCAUAUAUCCUUUGAAACUUGUUUAGUAUAAUUGGUUGGCCAUUUUUCCAUUUAUAUCUUAAGUUCUUAUUAAGCAUUGUCUAGCGUAGUAUAUUUGGCUCGUAUGUAUCUUAUGCCCAAAUAUUUGCUUGAUGUUGUUGGUGAUAUUACAUAAACAAAAAAUGAGACAAAUUUACACACUUUA